AUGGCAAAUAGUGCAUCAGCAGUUCUGGAUGUCGUAACCGAAAGUAAAGAGAUAUCAUCUUUCUUGAAAGAUAAAAAUGAACUUGAUUUGGAACCUUCCAGUGUAUGCAGUGAUAAUUCACUUAUCCAGUCUCCCAGUAUAGAGAGCUUUUCAACCAUACAAGAUAUGGAAAAUCUUUCAGAACUCAACAUGGAUGAAAAUUCUGAUCUUUGUGUCAAAAUAGAUAGCCCUCAAAAACACCUUGAAACCCUGGAAACUUAUAUCACAUUUCGCAUUACAACAAAAGUAGCUAGAAUAGAGUUUUCUGAUAAUGAAUAUGUUGUACAUAGAAGGUAUAAUGAUUUCCUCUGGUUGAGGCAAAAGCUAGUUGAAUGCCACCCUUUCUGUAUUGUGCCUCCUCUACCUGGAAAACAUUCUCUCAUGGGCCAACUGGAUAGAUAUUCAAAAGAUUUUAUACUCCUCAGAAUGAAGGCAUUGAAUAUUUUCAUAGCUAGAGUUACUCAGCACCCUAUCCUCAGUUGUAAUGAGCACUUCAAAGUAUUCAUAACUGCUAAACAAGCUGAUUUCACUCUUCAUAGAAGGCAAAGACACCCAAUAGAACAAAAAGUAAGGACUUUCAGUCACUCAAAUUCAUCUCACAGUGUUCUCAAAAACCGCCACAAUGAAUUUGAUAAAACAAAAUCAUAUUUAAAUACUCUUUCUGAGAAACUAUUGUCUAUUGAAAAAAUAUCUAGUAGAAUAAAUAAGGAAUGCUGUGAAUAUGUUACAGAACUUAACAGUUACCAUCCCAUUUUCACAACAUGGGCAACAUCAGAGACUGCCCUCUCUGAAGUACUUCAAAAUAUUGGAAGUGCCAUGGAAAGGAGUUCAUCUGCACAAAGUGCAUUAGUACAAAGUUAUAGUAAUACUGUUGGCAAUCCUAUCAAAGAUUUUUUAGCUUAUAUUGAUGUUGUACAAGAGACUAUAAGGAAGAGAGAAUCAUUCCAGGGUGCUUAUGAGGUGUCCAUGGAAGAACUGAAUAAGAGGCAUUCUGAAAAGGAUAAACUGGUUGCCAUUUCUCAAGAUCCGUCCCAGUCUGCGAGCAGUAGUUUUUCUUUUUGGAAACAAUCAAGUAGUGAUGAUAAAUUGGAAAAACUUGGUACCAGCAUUCCACAAUUACUAAAAAAAGUUGAAAAAAACCAGGACAACCUCGAAUGUGCUAAUGAAUCUUUACGAAGUGACCUAGAUAGGUGGCAGAGAGAAAAACAACAGUGUUUGAAGAAGAUAUUACUAGAUUUUGUGAACAAACAGAUAAAUUACUAUCAGGCUACAGUGAACUCUUGGGAGUAUGUCACUAAUGAAUUAAAUCAACAGAAUGCCAUAUCACAUAAUAACUGUUCAAAGUAG